AAAUCUUCAGUAUUCGUAAUGGCGGCUUAUGCCUCAGCUGACGAGAAAAUAGUCAAGUUUAUAUGCUAGGAGCGCGACCUUAGCCAGUACCGAAGUUUAGCGCGUAACAAAUGACAAGAUAUCGCAGGACGUGAUGUCAAUGCAACAGAUGUCAGAAUGUGUGACGUCUGCUGCUCACUGUUAGAACUUUUCGAAAAAUAUGAUGCCGAAAACUCGUGCGGUCAACGUUCUCCGCUGUCCAAGAGCGACAUCCUGGUGCUGUGCAGCUACGUGCAAUCGUGGAACCAGAGGCAAUGCACUUGCUGCUACAAGGAUCCACAGAGCUUCGACAAGUUUAAUGCAGUCAUCCAGGGUCUGCUGCAAACGGUGCUGCUGCUGCUGCGGCAACUUCGGCAGCGACUAAGUGGUGCCGACGGGUCUGAUGUUCCGGACGAGUCUGCCCUGCUUGACAGCCAAGAUAGCAAUCAUGCAGCAGCUUUGGAAGGCUGGUCCUUGGACGACCAAGAGAAACUUCUGCAUUUCGCCUCAAAAGUGUUCCUUCUCAACUUUCCACUCUACGUGGCCUUCAAGCACAGCCUGCACUCAAAGCUUGAGGAGGUGUCGCAGGCAGAGAUUGCAGCGUUAAGCACCGUGUGCGAUGUCAACGACCUGGACAUUCCGGUGCACCUGCUACGCAAUGUGGCGCACUUCUGUGGCCAAGGUGGUCUCUCUCUGCUACACGCCUGCUUCCAGGAGGUGGCGCCUCAGCGGCUGCCCAUCGGUCUGGCCCACGCUCUUGUAUCACUUGUCUCAAACUUGAAGCUGUGGAUGAACCUGCCAUGCAUCGUACAGCACUUAGUUCCCCUGCGGUCUUCAGUCAUUCGGUACUUGUGCAGCCGAUGCGAAGGAGAGCUUCGCGGCGCCACUAGCCGGAGCCUGUUUGAGCUGAUGCUCGGGGCGGUCAAGGAUCCACUGGACGUGCACCUGGCUCUGGACCGGGAAGGCCUGGAGCUGGCCUUCCGGUGCUUCGUCUCACCGACACUCACCAUGCGUCUCUCGGGCAUCGCCCAGAUCAAUAGCCACAUCAGCAUGCUGAACGAGCUGUGUCACAGCGAGACGGUGGUGGGAGCCCAGGCCAUGGCGAAAGCCCUGGCCGCGUGGCUGGUCGAGUAUCGAGUCGUCGAGCACAUCUUUGGACCCAACCUUCACGUGGAGGUGAUCAAGCAGAGCCACCUGGUGCUUGGCCUCUUGGCGUCCGAGGGCCAGCUGACCACCACGCACCUGGACGCUGUGUGGGCUGCGGGGCAGCUGAAGCACUGCGGCCGGCAGGUCUUGGAGCUUUUGCCGCCCCUGAUGCGCAGCCUGCGGGACGGGCCCGCGCUUCACCUGUACGCACGCCUGUGUUCCUUGCCCCCUCGGGAGCACAGUGAGCAGACUCUACUGCUGGCCUCCGCGCUGACCAAGCACAUGUGGGCCAGCAGUGGCAAGGCAGCACGUGGCCGUGCAUCCCCCUUUGGCCAGCUGACGAGCUCCAGGUCACAUGCCGGGAGGUCACCAGUCAAAGUGUCCAAAAAGGGCUUUCACGAGGCCACGGACGCUAGCGAGGAGGAAGAGGAUGAAGAUGACGAUGAAAAUCCAGUGGCUUUCCCUUCGCAGGCAGCUCAGGUGUCUGGGAGCAAGGACUCUCCACAGGUGGUCGGAAUGGCCGAGUCGGAGGCGAUGCAGGUGGCCAUGGAGUCCUCCUCGGAUAGCCAGGGCAGCUCCCCUGCUCACCACCCUCAGGGUCCCGUAGUGGGCAUGGCAGCACUCAAGCCCUGGACCACUGGCGAGCCCCACGAGGACGAGGAAGAAAGUGGGAUGAGUGCUGGGGAGGAAGAAGAGGAAGAGGAGGAGACAGAAGAGGAACUAAGCAGUGAGGAGGAACGAUGCACUGUGGGCGCCCAGAGGCCACCCCAGAUAUUGGAGCGGGCCCUGGUUGGCAAGGCAAGGCCCCCUGGUUUGGGAGGUCAAGCACAUUCCUCGAGGGGAGAAGGUUCUGCUCUUCCCGUUGAGUUGUCCCAGUCAUGGCAUAAUGCGGAUGGACCUUCGUUACCUACACGGACCCUUGCACCCAGAGAAACCUCAAGUCCUGACGGUGGCGGCAGCUGCCACUCUCUGGAGGCCAGCAAUCAGUCGGACAAGAACAUGGCUGACUUUGAAGGUGAAGAGGAAGGGUCAGCGGCCUGGCCAAGGGUCAUGGUGACGACCCCAACGUCCCGGGAGGCGCCCCUCUUGUCGCCCAUUAGCGCGAGUCAGGUGUGCCAGCCAGGCAAGACGCUGCUCUGGGACCUGCUGCAGGACGGCAAAAUCGAGGAGCUGGGCGAAGAGCUGGCCCUUGAAGCCGAGAAGGUGCUGUGCAGUCUGGUGUGCUGGUACGUGGACCGCAGUGUGAGGACGCAGUUCAUCGAGGGCUGCCUCCGAAACCUGGCACAGAGCAGGUCUGUGGUCGUUUCACUGCGCCUGCUACCCAAGCUGCUAGCAUCUUUCCAGCAGCCCAGGGAAGGCGCGGACACACACUAUGUCACCAUGUGGGCGGAACGGGAGCACGGAAUGAUGCGACUAUUUCUCGAAGACCUCGUACGAUACACAAACAGCCGCAAGAAAUCCUCUGCCCCCACGCACAAGCUCUACACGCACAGGGAACAGAUACAGGUGCGGCUACAUUUUUUGUCCUGCAUCUUCUCCGCAGCUGGGUCUCCCGACGACUUUGGUUUGAGCCGAGACCAAGUGGACGUGCUCUGGUCGUGCCUUGCCUUGGAUCCGGAGUGCGGAGACGAGCUCUUCAGUUGGCUCCUGAGUCAAGUCCGCAGCAAGGAGCAGCAUGCCCUCAGUCCCGACCUGUUCCGUCACCUGCUUCUGCACAAGCUGCCCCAGCUUCCCGCCGCCUCGACCAGCAUGACGGCGCUGCACCUGCUGCAGCAGCUGAGCGGCUCGAGUCGAGUGGCUCCGCCCAUCGAGUCAGUGCUGCUCAGUCCCCGUCCCUCCAGUUCCUCUGGCUCCUCCCUGGAGCAGGACCACUGCGUGAGCUCCUCCCCGCAACUGGCCAGCGGCAUCGACCAGCUCUGGGAGAUCGCGCUCAGGGCCUCCAGCACCGACGUCAGCAUGGCGGCCAUCCAGUACCUCAACAGCUUCUACCUCCACGCUCACCAGGGCACUCUUGAGAGGGAAGAAGAGUUUGCACAGAGGUGCAUGCACAGCUUACGAACAGCAGCGGACAGCCUUGCUGAGCAUCCCCAAGAGGCCGAGGAGACCACACUGACAGUGGUGCAGCGGGCCCUGCAGCUGCUCAAGCUUCACCUCGAGGCGUUCCAGCGGCGCUACGCCUUCCACCUGCGCCGGUGGCAGCUUCGAGACGGCGCCGGUCUCAGUCCCCACGGCGCUGCACUGCAGGACCCCAGGGGGGUGGGCAACUGCCCCCUCCGCAUCGUCUGCCAGCCUGCGGGCCUUUCGCACAAGACAACGCUAGAGCUCCAGAGCUGGGACCUGGUGGGCGACCUGCGUGCCGAGGUGGCCCACUGGUGGGAAGGGCUGCAACCGCAGCUACAGCCACAGCUUCAGGCCGCCAGCGAGGGUGGUGCUGCGGCCUGCCUGCGCAUGAUCACCCAGGGGCAAGAGCUCACCACUGACCUCGACGAGAAGCCUUUGGCUGACCUCGGCUUCAAGGAUCUACAGAUUGUGUUCGUGUCGGUAGGAGCCGCCCGACAGAGGCGGCGGGCGGGACCGGGUCUCCCUGAACCGGCGAGCCUGCUUCCCUGCCCACCCCGGGAGCGACUCCCCACCCUAGUGCUCCUGCGGCCCACUUACCUGGAGUGCCUCUUCUCACUCAUGCAGCUACUUGGCAAUGUCCGGACACGGAACCGGGCUGGGGAGAUGGUGCUGCACACAAAGGCCCAAGUCCUGUCUCGACGAGUUUGGGAAAUACUCACCAUGCUUCCUACGUCACCCGCAGUGCUUCGUCAGUUUGUACAGGUUGCAUCGGAACCCGAAGGUGCAGCAGUUGCCCUCCAAACUCUGCUCAACCCCGAAGAGCCUCAGAAGUUGAUGUACUCCCUCCAGAUCGUGGAAUCCUUACGCCAGCGUGGAUCUCGCUCCCACAUAGCUCAGCCGAAGGAAAGCGAUGUGGACUUGCAUUCCCAAAACAAUGGACCAUGCUGCUCUACUACCAAUGAGAUCGGAGACGAUGCGAAAGACCUGGGAUUUUCGGUUCCCUUGGGCCCAACGUGGGCAGAAAAGUUCGUGGAGUGUGGUGGCCUGCGGCAUCUCUUUGACAUCUUCACUUCGGGAGUGCUUCAUCCUCACGAAGGCGAGGAGUGGAACGAAUGGGCAGAAGACUGCCUUGCCUGCCUGCUGAGGGUCCUGUACCAGCUGAGUGUGGAAGGUGGAGGCAUGGACAUGACGUCCGAUGCCUGCCCAGACACUCUGUCUGUCGACGCCAUCUUGGAACAGCCGCGAAAGAAGGCCAAGCGUCAACGGCGUGCCAAUCCGGAUCGACUGUUUGUGCCAAGGCUAGGGCAGGUGCUACUUCAAAUGCUGUCAAGUGCCGAAUCCCUGAGUCUCAUUCGACUCCUCCAGGGUGCGCUAGGAGAAGGCGCUCUCCUACGAGAUCCUCACGAACUACGCACUGGAUUCUGGGGUAGGCCUCAGGUGGUGCAGUGCGUCAUGCGCCUCCUGGCAUCGUGGGCUCACUCUCGACCCCCGCCGCCGGGCCCACCCCUGCUGCUCCAGCCACCAUCCGGCCAAGGCUUGGACAACUGGCUGCGGCGCCUCGUGCUGGACGAUCCUGACCCCGCUGUGCGCCGGGAGGCCUGCACCGGCCUGUACCGUCUCUGCCUUGGCGUGGACGCUGAUGGCCGUGGAGGCCAGACCUACAUUGGUCCCCUGCUGGCCAGCCUCCUGGACUUCCUGUCUGCCGCACAGAGCAUGCAGCCCUUGCAUCACGAUGAGGGUGAGAAAGAACCGUACGGACCUGGUUGCCGAGACUACUUCUUUUUGGUGUGCCAACUCGUAGACAACUUGGAAGACGAUGUGUCACCCGACCAGAAACCUAUUGUCGACUUGGACAGCUUGGCGUCUCGUGUCGCUGAAGCCAUCUUCAACAGAGACGUACGAGAAGGGGCUCUGCAGAGUUCUCAAGAUGACGAUGGCUUGUACGGCCUGCUUUCUCUAGCCACAGCCGUUGCCAAGCACAAUCCUCCAUUCAAGUUUAGUAAGCAGGGCCAGGAGUUUGCCCUGGGCAUAAUGGGCUGCCUGUUCACUGUGAGCAACCAGAGCAGCCAGAGGCGCCUGCUUCCAAAGUGCAAGUCAUCCGGGGUGCGGGCCGCGGCGUAUGACCUGCUCUUGGAACUAGUCCGGGGCUCCGAGGACAACUUCCGGCUCAUCCACGCCCGCCUGCUCCAGCAACACUGCCCGAAGUCGCACAGCCCCUAUCCCUGGGACUACUGGCCUCAUGAAGAUGGCCGCUCCGAGUGCGGCUAUGUGGGUCUGACCAACCUUGGGGCCACCUGCUACCUCGCUUCUUGUAUGCAGCACCUGUUCAUGCUGCCUCAAGCGCGUGCUUCUAUCCUCUCGGCACAGACGAUUGCUGAGGGAAAACACGGCCAAACACUAAGGGAACUGCAGCGGAUGUUUGCAUAUCUUCUGGAAAGUGAACGAAAAGCCUACAAUCCACGAAGUUUCUGCAAGGCAUACACAAUGGACCAUCAACCCCUCAACACUGGGGAACAGAAAGACAUGGUGGAGUUCUUCACAGACCUGAUAAGCAAGCUGGAAGAGAUGACACCGCAGUUGAAGGAGCUGGUGAAACAACUCUUCUGCGGAGUGCUGUCCAACAACGUUGUUUCCCUGGAUUGCAACCACAUCAGUCGGACGUUGGAAGAGUUCUACACAUUGAGAUGCCAAGUGGCUGACAUGAGGAAUCUUUACGAAUCCAUGAAUGAGCUCACGGUGAAGGACACACUGGAGGGUGACAAUAUGUACACCUGCUCCCAGUGUGGAAAAAAAGUCCGGGCUGAAAAGAGGGCCUGCAUACAGCGGCUUCCGCGCAUCCUCUGCUUCAACACCAUGCGCUACACCUUCAACAUGGUGACCAUGAUGAAGGAGAAAGUGAACACCCACUUCUCCUUUCCCCUACGGCUGGACAUGUCCAACUACAUGGAGAGCAACCUGCUUCCCAGCCAGGCACGGCAAGAAAAUGGGGAGGAAAAGAAAGAAGCCCCGGAGGAAAACACCGGAAGCUACGAGUACGAUCUCAUAGGCGUGACUGUGCACACAGGCACAGCAGACGGCGGCCACUACUACAGCUUCAUCCGAGAGCGGCAAAACCCUGGCAAGGACAAGUGGUUCCUGUUCAACGAUGCAGAAGUCAAGCCUUUCGACCCCUCACACAUUGCUGCUGAAUGUUUUGGAGGAGAGAUGACGAGCAAGACCUAUGACUCUGUCACAGACAAGUUCAUGGAUUUUUCCUUUGAGAAGACCAACAGCGCCUACAUGCUGUUCUACGAACGGUGUUCAUCGGAAAAGCCAGACAGUAAAAAAUCCGCCGCACAGACUGCAUCCGAAAAGCCUGCCGAAACAUCUCUGGAAGCAAAGCCGGAGAUGACGUUGAGACUGCCGUCUGAACUGGCAGAGUGGAUCUGGCAAGACAACAUGCAGUUCUUGCAGGACAAGAGCAUAUUUGACCACACUUACUUCAACUUUCUGUACCAAAUGUGCGGCUCCAUACCUCAAACGCUGUCAUGUGGUGAAGAAGCUACGCUGUUGGCCGCGCAGCUGGGAACAUCGUUUGUGCUCGAGACCCUGAUUCACGCCAAGGAAAAGCCUACCAUGGCACAGUGGAUUGAACUUCUGACGAAGCAGUUCAAUGCAAGCAAGGCUGCAUGCGAGUGGUUCUUGGAUCACAUGGCCGAGGAUGAAUGCUGGCCCGUGCAAAUUCUGAUCAAGUGUCCCAACCAGGUGGUGAGGCAGCUAUUUCAGCGGCUUUGUAUCCACGUGAUCAAUCAGCUGCAGCCUGGGCACUCCUCACUCUACCUCCAACCAUACCCUGACAGCGACGACUCGUCAGACGUGGACAUCAGCCAGAUCGGCCAGUACUCCUGCGUCACUCGCUUUGUGCGAAAGCUGCUGGCACUGAUCGAGCACGGUGCCAAGCAACACCUGCGGCACCUGACCGAGUACUUUGCCUUCCUGCUGGAGUUUGCCAAGAUGGGCGAGGAGGAGUGCCAGUUCCUGCUCUCCAUCGAGGCCAUCACCACCAUCGUCUCCUUCUACCUGGGCCACAAGCUGGACUAUGUUGAGAUGGUGUCUGAGGAAGAGGACGAGGAAGAGGAAGAGGAAGGAGGUGCACCCGUGUCCAAGUGCCGGCCGGCCUCGCUGGACAAGAUGGUGAGCCUGGUGCUCCUGCUGGUGGAGAAGUCGCGCGCCGAGGACCACCGGCUGCAGCUCUCCCAGUCGGACUACAACGCCCUCACAGGAGGAAAGGGCUUUCCAUUUCUGUACCACCAAAUCCGGGACAACAUCUGCCUGCGCCAGACUUGCAACUUGAUCCUGAGCCUUUGUCGCUGGAACGAGUCCCUUGCACCUCAUAUUGUCAACAUGAUCUUCUCGGCUGUCACUAAGCAGCCUGAGGCUAGUGGACCUUUCUUCAAGCUGCUGUCAAUGCUGGUGGAAUUUGCUGGAGGGCCUCCAGGCAUGCCGCCUUUCACUUCGCUUGUCCUACAGCGUGUCUGGGAGGCGUCCGAGUACUGCCCCCUGCAGUGCCUCGAGUGGUUGACAAUGCAAGUGCCUCGGAACAAGCUGGCACACUCGUGGGUCCUCCAGAGCAUGGACGUCUGGGUGGAGAAGUUUCUUAUCGCCCAUGCCCUGCAGAGGGUGCGCAAUGUGGCAGCCUUGUUGCUGGUUUCCCUAGUGCCAAGUUCCCAAUUCCGACAGGCCUUCCGUUCGGGGAGGAAUGGGUUGGCUCCACAUAAAGAGCUACCUGUAUGUACCUUUAUGAGCCCAGAAGCUCUCUCUGUGAUGCAUCAGGUGUACCAGUUCCUAUUGCGAUUGCUCAAAAAAGCAAAAGUGUAUGUUGAUCCCGCUGUUCAUGGCACUGCCAAGUUGAUGUACUACUUUGCAGUACUCACCUAUUGUCUUGUAGGAAAGCAAGAGAAAUUAAUGUUUAGCCCUUUUUUUCUUGACCUCUGGAGCCUAUUCCAGCCAGGCCUGUCAGAGCCAGCCAUUCCUGUUCAUCAUAAUAAGCAGACACUACUGCUCUUCUGGUACCAGGCCUGUGUGGACUGCCCCGAAAACGUCAAGCUCAUUGUUCAAAAUCCUCAUGUUACAAAGAACAUUGCCUUCAAUUACAUCCUGGCCGACCAUGAUGACCAAGACGUGGUGGUGUUCAACCGUUGUAUGCUACCAGCCUAUUAUGGCCUGCUACGCCUCUGCUGCCAGCAGUCGCGAACCUUUGCUCGGCAGUUGGCUGCACAUCAGAAUGUCCAAUGGGCUUUCAAGAACAUCACCCCAUACACCACCCUGUACACAGCGGCGGUGGGUGAGUUGCUGAAGCUCAUGGAGCUGUUUGUAGCGCUGCCACGGGGUGCCAGCGAGCAGGAGCAGCGUGAGGUGGCACUGUUCAAGCGCACCACCCUGGCACUGUAUUUGGGCCUCGACCCUCGCGUCUGCUGGGCCACCCUGGUUGCCGCACUGCGCAUCCUCAUCUCCACUCCGCAAGAUCGCUUGCUGGCGCUGGCUGCUGGAGGACUGCCUGUCCUCUUUCAGGCCCUGCACACUCUACACGUGAUGUACCAUGAGGCGACGGCCUGUCACGUGACGGGAGACCUGGCAGACCUGCUGUCCCUAGUGCUAGAGCUCCUGCGCACCUGUGCUUCGGCCAACGCAGCUGAGCCACUGGCCACCCUAAGGUCGUGGCCACAAUUGGGAGAUGGACUUCGGCGCCUGCUGACACUACUCAACAGCUAUGUGCCUCCGCAAGUGCGCCUGCUCUGCCUCGAGGUGCUCAAGGAGUUGGUGACCUUGCUUCCUCGGGAGACGGUGGGUCCCAUCGUGCCCCUGCUGGCCAGCUGCCAUAGCAGUUUUCUCGAGAGCAACGGACUGAUGACCACCGGUCCGUACUUUCCCCGGCGAGGCCAGAAGACUUAUCCAACCAAGACCACGUUAAGGCCUCAGCGUCCCAUCCUCCAGAUGUUUCUCCAUCUGAGCCAACUGGAAGCAUCCAAGGGAGUCGACCCUGAAUACGACCAGGCCCUUCUGGACUUUUUCCUUCCAUACCACCAGUUUGUGGAAACCCUCUUUCGAGCAGCCUUGUCCCAGGGCCUGAUGUCCCAAGACCUGGUGAACUUGAGUGCCAUGGUGUCUAUCGAGGGCGUUCCACUGCACAUCGACCUUAUCCCUCGACUUUGGCUGGAGGUUCUUCAGGGGGAGAAGUCCGCAGAGUUCGGCGAGUUCCUGCGGAGUAGCACGUACUGCACCAACUGUGUAUCAGCAGUGCUGUUGGAGGAGCGCGGUUAUCUCAACAACCCCAUGGUUUUCCGGCUAUUCUCACUCUUGGUGCCAAAGGUUGGCAAGCAAGUUCUCAAGGAAAGUGUCACCAACCUCAUCCUGUCUCGGGCAAACGCCCUGGUGACGUCGGACGUUACACAAGACCUUAAGAAACAUGUUCAUCGCGUCACCGCUGACCUUCGUGCAGUCCUUCUUGUGCUUUCGGUACAUGAGGGCAUAGCACCAGCCUGUCUUGGCUUGGCUGACUACUUGCGCUCACUGGAAGGCCAUUGCAAGGAUGCCCUGUCCAAGGCUGAGAAAGAGACGGGAAAAGGUGAAAGUGAAGCUCAUUCCGAGAGUCCACCUGCAAAGAAGCCCAGGACUCCACCUGUAGACGAGGAAAGACCAACUGGCCCGCGUUCUCCGCCGGAGCCACCUCCGCCUCCGGCACCGAGCGAGGCGGACCUGCUGCGUCCGCUGCUCGAGACGGUCCAAGCCCUUCUCAAGCUGCUACCCAGCGGAGAACAGUCCUCAGCCUCUUCCUAGCAUCUUCUCCUCUAGUCUGGCUGUUAAUUUUUUUUUUUUUUCAUUUUAUUUUGGAAAUGCCGAGUGGCCAGCGUAAGGCAGUGAGCUUUCAGCAGUCAUAAGGGGAAGGCUAGAAAAUUGAGUCUACGGAAGGAAAGAGAGCUAUUACUACACUUCUCGGCGAGCGUUGGGUCUCCCUGCUACCACCUCAACGACGGCAGAGGCAGUGACGUCGACCUGCCCAUGGCUGCUGCUUCUGGGUUUCCCGACUUCACUCCCGACGAAUGUGGCAGCGUACGGUGCGCUACCCACAGUGUAGAGGGAUGCGGGGUUGGUGCAACAGUUCCCCGCCACACAGACCCACUCCCGAUUUAUUUCAUAAAUCUGAAGAUAUCCUCGCCGUCUACCAUGGCAGCCGCCAGUUUUGAGAGAGAAUUUUUUGCCACACGACACUUCAGCUGUGAUACUUUAGUCUUGGGUGAAAGCUUGCUUACCACUGUUUUUCAUUCUCUUGCGCUCAGUUGUUGUUUCUUUCCUCCGUUUUUUUUUUUAUUUGAUGUCUGAGCUGUAAAGGUCUCUCUGUGCAGACACUUCUUUCGGUUUUUCUUUUUUCCUGCAUCUCAUGCUCGUCUUCUCUGGAAACCUGCAACUUUGCGUAUAUUCAUUUCAUCAGACCAACCCACAACAUUUUGCUUCACGCGAUGCAGAUCGGUGGUGGGCGUUUUCAACCCGAGAAGAAGGAAUGGAGAAGGAGAGGAGUUUGCCAGAGCAUAGCGUUUGCUUGGCUUGUACAUUUAGUUUUAUAUUUCGUUUGUCCGGGAGUGCAAGGCACAGUUUACUCCUUUUACGAAUGGCGCCAGCCUGAAGCCGGCUGCGCUUGGGACAGUCGGCAUUGCCGACAGUCGUCGAGCUUUCCAGUCGACCAGCAGCACGACACGUGUUUGCUGGGUUGGAAAGGAGAGAAAGAAAGAAAUCGGCAACAUAAAUUUUGGCCUUGCAAGAAAGACACCCUUUUUUUUUUUCAUCCCUGUCUGUGUUAUUUAUUGCCAUGUAUGUAUACGCGACUCGCUGAUCUUGAAAGACAGAAAAGAAGUGUUUGUUAGCGGUGUCUGGCAAGGCGUGUGUGCAUGUGUGUGACUUUGGGAGUUAUUUUGUGCCCCGAUUUCUUCUACUUUGGCGGAAUUUCUUAGAGGCAACUGUUCAUUUCUUUUUUCUUCAUUGAGGGCUACACAGAGAGAAGCGUGCAUGCCAUUAUAAUCGCAGUACACAACUACUGCCAACCAACAUCCACACCCUGUGUAGGUGGGAAGCACUUUUUUUUUUAAUAUCAUCGAAAGAACUCUUCAAAACCACCUUUUAUUAUUUUUCUCUUCAUUCGAUGGAGGUUAAGGAAUCCGUCGUUCACUUCUGACCUUAUGAAGCCAGCUUUAUUUUUCUUUAUUUUUUCUUUUUUUAUCAUCUCUGUUCUCGUGAAAACUGCCAGCUGCAUUUACGUGUUCCUGGCCGUUAUGUACCAUAGUGGCUGUGAAUACUAGGUCCUCCUCUACUUUCAGAGUCAUGCUCAAAAUAAAAAAAAAAUUCUCACUCCA